CGGACUACUACUAUUUUUCUAUCGUACCUCUACAAUUUUGUACUUCUCUCUCCCUCUACAAUUUUGUUAUUAUACCUUCUACUUCUUCAGGCAGGUAUGGUGGCUGCACAAGGUCUGUUAGGGAAGGAUAUGGUGACUUCUUCGAGAAACCAAAACCGCAUGGUCCUGUCUCUAACUGAAAAAGUGGUUCGGUUUUUCUUUACUAGAUUCUUGACAAAAUUCAUAUCAACCGGUUGUGUAACAAUAAUUGAAGGAGAAACGAUGGUCACAUUCCAAGGAGAGGAUUUGAGUUGUCACUUGAAAUCUGAACUAGAGAUUCACAGUCCUCAGUUUUACUGGAAGGUUAUGACACGGUCUGAUUUAGGACUUGCUGAUGCUUAUAUUAACGGAGAUUUUUCGUUUUGCAAUAAGGAAACAGGACUUUUGAAUCUUAUCAUGAUUCUCAUUGCCAACAGAGAUUUGAACUUUAGUCUUGCUAAAAAUAGGGGUUGGUGGAACCCGAUGUUUCUGACUACUGGUUUAGCAGCUGCAAAGCAUUUCUAUAGGCAGAACACUUUAACUCAAGCUCGAAGGAACAUUUCACGUCACUAUGACCUUAGUAAUGAGCUUUUUGCUUUAUUCUUGGAUGAUACCAUGUCUUAUUCCUCUGCGGUAUUCAAGUCAGGUGAUGAAGAUCUGAGGAUUGCACAAAUGAGAAAAAUAUAUCUUCUCAUUGAUAAGGCUAGGAUAAAGAAGAAUCAUGAGGUUUUAGAUAUUGGAUGUGGAUGGGGAACUUUGGCCAUUGAAGCGGUGAGAAGAACUGGAUGCAAAUACACUGGCAUUACUCUUUCUGUUGAACAGCUUAAAUAUGCAGAAGCAAAAGCUAAAGAAGCUGGACUUGAGGACCGGAUAACAUUUAAGCUCUGCGAUUAUCGCCAACUAUCUGAUGCUCAAAAAUAUGACAGAAUUAUAUCUUGUGAGAUGCUAGAACAUGCUGGCCACGAAUUCAUGGAGACAUUUUUUAGUCAUUGUGAAGCUGCGCUUACAGAAGACGGCAUAACAAUAAUACAGUUCAUAUCGAUACCUGAAGAACGCUACAAUGAGUACAGACUAAAUUCUGAUUUUAUAAAAGAGUACAUAUUCCCUGGUGGAUGCCUUCCUUCGUUAGCCAGAGUUACUUCAGCCAUGGCCUCUUCUUCUAGGCUAUGCAUUGAACACGUUGAGAACAUUGGAAUUCAUUACUACCAAACGUUGAGGUUGUGGAGGAAGAACUUCUUGGAUAGACACAACCAAAUCAUGGAUCUUGGAUUUGACGAUAAAUUCAUAAGGACGUGGGAAUAUUAUUUCGACUACUGUGCCGCUGGUUUCAAGACUCGUACCCUUGGAGACUACCAGAUUGUUUUCUCACGUCCAGGGAACGUAGCUGCAUUCGGUGAUGAUGAUCCAUUCCGCAGCUCUCCCUUAACUCAGAAAAAACAACAAUAGAUGAAAUAGUUUCCAAUCUGAAGUACUCCUAUUUCUUGUUUCCCGGAGCAGAAGUUUCUGGACACUCAGAAAAAGUUCUGCUUUCAUCAUUGAUUAUGUAAUCUCUACCAACAAUCUUUUACUGUCCAGACCAUUCUGAUAUACUCUAUAUUUACUGUUUUUUCAUGAUUGUUAUGUUCCAUUAUAUUGUGUUACAUUAGUAUUUUCAUCGUGUUUUGUUGCAUUUAGUGUCAAAGUGAGUCUUCUUGCAUUUUAGAGGUCCUAUAGUGUCUUUGUCUAUGUUUUGGUGUGUUUUGUGUGUCUUUUGAACCAUUUCAGAUUAAUAUAAUGGAAGACACACAUUUGGAUGCAAAGAAUAUGAUUUAUGAUUCGGAACCAGUUUGUAGUCCCUAAAAUAUCGACUCGUAUGAAGACCUUGCCUUGGGAAUUAGCUUCAGAGUUUUUCAUCAACAUUUUUGAAAAUUGAGUUAUCUUUGCAAUGGAGGUGAUUUCAGGCCAAUCGGAUGUGCGUGUAAAGAGUUAUACCUGUUUUAGUGAAAGUAUAUACAGCCAGAGCGAAGACUGGAGCCACAUGACAGAACGAUCGACCAUCUGUUCGAUCAGACGAUCGAGCAAACCCAGAAUAGACUUGACCAGACCCCCCGGACAUCACGUACAACAUGAUUUACAAGUUUAAGAGUGUU